AUGCUGCGAACUACCGAGCCAUUUCAUCCUACCAACAUAUUAAAAUUGAAAAAACAAAAUGUACCAUAUAGAUGGGAACGAUUUGAGAAAAUGAUUGAAGGAAAGAAAAAUAGAAGUCAACAUUCUGUAACAUCAAGAGCUAGCGGGAAAUUUGCAACAGAUACAUUAUCAAAGAAAGAGAAUUUGAAUGAAAUGGAAUUUGAUGUUACCCAAUGGCAUAAUACAUUAUGGACGAAAAGAAACAACCAUUUAAAACUUCCACAAUUUUCAUCGCUUCGUGAAGAUGAUUAUUUGAAAGAGAGUGUUGAUAAAGGCUUAGCAGUAGAUGGGAAUUCACCACCUGCAAUAGAAAUACCGGGAGAAGUUUUCGACAAAAAAGCCGAGAAAGGAAGUUACUUCAUGAGGCCUGCUGCUAUAUCAAUUGGUAUCGACAGCUUAGAAUUAGUAAGCUUUAUUAUCUAUAGCUGA